AUGGCACCGAACAACUUUAUGGACUCUCUGAGCACUUCUUUUACUCUGUGGAUGUACAUUUCCAAUGUGGUUAACAACGUUCGCCCAUCCUUACGACUAGGAGCUUUGCUUUGUCUGACUUUAGCGCACAACAUCUUUUGGGUCUACACAAAUUACCCUAGUUACGACCUUGGUGACCACGAGAAUCUCAAAUGCAUUAAG